ACUCGCGCUCGCGUGAAACGUACCUCAAUGUUUUCCUCCUCUCGUUCAAAAAACACGCGCUCGGCUUACAAAGUGUGUUGUGAGAGAAGCGUCGCGCUUCUCGCGUAAAAAUCGCCUGGUGAAUCGGUUGUAAAACGCAAAAUUGAAAUGUUCUCGGAUUUUUGCCGGGUGGAGCAGUCGGUCGAUAUGCUGCUGGGCCUUGUCUCGCCCUCUAAGAUACUAUCGAAUACGGUGCAGCUGCUGCUUUUUUACGUCGUGCUCAAGGGUAUUCGCGGACUCUGUUUCGAGAACCUAGACAACGCGAGAGCUAGAUCGUAUUACGAGGAAGAGGAAGAGGAGCAGCAACAGCCGUCGUUUAGGGUGCGGUUGCUGGACGAUCGGAGGAGCAAUCGAAGCUCGCUGAGAUAUUGCACGGAUUACGAGGAGAGCAGCGUUUAUUAGGAAGUGGGAUUUUCAGGGAAAUGCUCGCGGUAACGCUGCUUCUGGCGACACUGGCUGCGAGUCAGCGUUAUCAAGAGGACGGCAAUUACAUCAACGGCGAGGUGUACGCCGACUACGAGAACGAGCCGCAAGCACAGCGACCGGUUCACAGCCCGACGCCCCGUAGCUACAACUCGGCGCCGGCAGCUCAACAACGCCAGCAACCAGCCGCGCCCAAACCGACGCCCGUCGCCAUCCUCAAGCAGAUCAACAGGCACAACGAGGACGGCUCCUACACUUAUGGCUUCGAGGGCGCCGAUGGCUCCUUUAAGAUCGAGACCAAGCAAGCCAACGGCGAGGUAAAGGGCAAGUACGGUUUCGUCGACGACGGUGGCAAGGUCCGCGUGGUCGAGUACGGAGCUGACCAGUACGGUUUCCAACCGUCCGGUGAGGGUAUCACCGUAGCUCCCCCGACUCUGGUCGAUGAGACCACCAGCAAGGAGGCUCUGGAAGCUGCCAGGUACGCGGAUUACCAGGAACAGCAGCAGCAGUACCAGCAGCCCAUCGCCAGACCUGCUCCUGCCAGGCAAGGUGGUCUAUCUCAUAGGCCAACGCCAGCCCCGGUUCGCCAAGCUCCCCAAGCUUACCAGCCCCAGUACACGCCGCAGUACCAGACGCAGCAGCAGCACACCCAAGCUAUCUACGCUUCGGCCCAGCAGCCUCGUUUAGCUCCCAAGCCAGCCCAGCCAAUCUUCACCCCAGCCGAGCCCCAGAGGCCCGCACACCUCAACGCCGCUCUCCAGUCCCAGCUGAUCCAGCAGCAGCUCUACGACGACCAGCCUGUUGCAUCCCGGAACAACUACAAGAACGGACCAGUGCAGUUCGGACCCGCCCCCGUCCAGGAACACCAGCCACGACCCCAGCCUCAGGCCCGUAGCGGCGGUGGCGGUAUCCUCGAUCAACUCGCUAGGGAUUACGCCCUGCCAGCGGGUGGCUCUGCGCCACUUCACGACAUCAGCUUCGGCUACUACUAAGCGCUCAGUUCGAGUCCUUUAGGGAUAAACAGUACCCUUAAAGAGAAGUCAUACUGCGACACUGAUGUAAAGACGAGAAGGAUGUCGCAAAGCCUGCCUAUAAACACAAGAUCCCCCGAUACGCGGCUGCUUGUCCGUAAGAAGCGUCGUCGCAGAAAUCGAAAAAUUCACAGAUCGACGCCGAGGAGAGAAAUAAAUCCUCUUUGUCUUCCUUUUACUUGACUAUCAGUUGUGUCGCCACUCGAUAAACGAACCACAUAACAGUAUGUAAAAGGAAGACACGCACAGGGCGUUUGAAAUUUCCGUGCCUCCCCCUAUCCGUCUCUCUCUCUCUCUCUCUCUCUCUCUACUUUUUCUAUUUACGGGAUUAUCGAGUCUAGUACAUAAUACAUACAACAUAUCAACAAACGCAUACUUAAGGCGGGAGUUUUAUAAUCUCUUUCUUCCAAUCUCUCUCUCUCUCUCUCUCUCUCUCUCUCUCUCUCUCUCUCUCUCUCUCUCUCUCUAUCUCUCUCUGUCUCCUUCUCUCUCGAGCUCGCGGUGCGAAAUUAUCGCCGUGUCGUGUAGCUCGCGUGCAUUCGCGUACUUUCACUCUCACGCGGGACACACGAGUGCAAGUAUACACCGCACAACAGCAGCAGCUGGAGAGCAAAGUCGUUGCGUCGCGUGUAUAUUUUAUCGCUGGAUUGAUUAUUGUCGAUGCUGGAGACGCAGUCGCGUGACGCAACGGAUUUGUAAUUAUCUAGUAGUGAUUAGGGAUAGGAGCUGUGUUUAUUAUUUUGCCGAGCUCGAGAGAGGAUUUCCCUUCUAUCUUGCCGUACGGAUGAUACGCGAGGAGUAAGGUGUAGAACCACCGACGUUUUCUAGUAGCAUUGAUGUGGCGUUCCGCCUGUAUACUUUGUGUUGUAUAGCGCGAAACGCGAGAAAUUAUUGUUUUGGUCGAUUAAGAGUCUGUUAAAAGUGCGUGUAAUUGAAAUUGAAGGAAAAAAAUCGAAUGUAUACGUUCCAUUAUCCCGACUUUUUUUAAAUCUUGUCAAGGCCUAUAUUACUAUAUGUAAAUGUUACUGUAAAAUUAAAUAGUAGUAAAUUGUAAGUUUUUAAUUAUC